AGUCUAUUUUUAAAAAAUACAGUGGACCGAGCUGUUGUCCACCGUACGCGCGAUCGCUCUGUCCAUUCAUCCUGAACCGUCAAGGACACGCUCUAGAGACGCCCGACGCCUGUGUGACGAGGAAAAAAAAGCGUGUCUGAACCGAUGUUCUCAAAAAAAAGCCAUUCUGGUCAAUAGCAGCGUAUGUGGAAGUCACCCAAAGAGAUCAACCUGUCAUCUCACUCCAUGGUCAGUCUGAAGGCGUGCCUAGCGGAGGCUAGAAGCAACCUGAAACUGGGAGAGCCCGCCUUCAAACCUCGUCGCAAGACGACCGUCGAUGUAAACAAGGGCGUGUAUGAGAGGGCCAAGGCAGACGAGGAGUCCACCGUUGAAGUUAAAGCGAGCAACAACAGGCGGAGGACUGAAAGGGAUAUAUUCGACGAAUACCAGAAAAACAAUCAGCUGGUCGAUGCGGAGCGAAAGGAAUGGAUUGUUCAGAACUCAACUGAGGAACCGAUGUCCCUUCAUUGGCUCUCUGAGGCCAGCAACUGUUAUAUGUAUGACGACGAUGAAUUUUUUGAAAUGAGAAGAGAGGAAAAGAGAAAGGCCAUACAUGAAGUCAUUUCAGAUAUGAAGCAAGAAAAAGAAAAGCACCAAACCGUGGAAAAUGAAAAAAUGAAAGCAAGGCAGACGAGAAUGAAAUUGAUACAAAAAAGAAUUCAAGACGCCAAGUCCCGAACUGAAACAGCGUCUGAAAACGGUUUAGAGGAGACGAAAAAGCCAGAUGAACCCGAUCGGAAAAAAAUGAAGGUCAAUUAUAAUAACUCUGGCUGAAAUUUAAAUAAAUUGGGAAACAAAAUUUCGAAGUCGCACAUAGAGAACGGGCCCUCUUGUCUGCGUUAUAAACCUGGUUUUGGGUGCCGACCGCGCAGACGAUGGAGUCGUGCUUGUCUUUUUGGAAUCGGUGCUUGCUUCUUCCUCCCGAUGAUGGCGAUAAGAUUUGUCAUAACUGGCUCAAUUCACGGGGAUUCUUAAACUGGGAGUUGUUUGUAAAGUUGCGUUUGUGGCGUAUGUACAAGAUGUACGCGUGCCUGACAAAAUCGUGGCCUUACUUUUUUUUUUUUUUUUUAAGGAAACCAAGAUUUUAGCAACGACGAACGUGCUGGGUUCCGAUGCUCUUCCAGAGACCUUCUUUCGAUAGCUGAGGCGGCUAGGAAUCACUUGCUCUCUCUUGUGUAUGCCGACUUCUUGAGACUUUAUCAGUCUCUAUUUAGUUGCCCAAAGGAGUUCAAUUUCUACAUCCAUCUAUUCUCUAGCACAAUUCUUGGAUUCAAUGAUCCUCGCACCGCAAUCAUGGUUGCUACUAUCCUCACGAGUCGUAUCGAGAGGUUUGUAUAUAGUCUGGUUAAAGAAGGGGUUGCUGCAGAAGAAGAGAUGCCUCUACCGGAUGAUGGGGACCUCUCCCCCAAUUGUCUUCAUUCCACGGCAGUGACCAAAAUGAGGGACAUGCUAAAACACCAAACGCUUCAACAAAAGCUCACCCCUGACAUUAUUUACGUACUGGAAGUGCUUGUCGGUCCCCUGCAUAGCAUGAACAUACGGAAUCUUGUAUGGCACGGAUUCAUCAUGCCCAGCGAGUUCCCGGCGUCUUUAAAUGCGCUGCUGCUUUUUUUGCUGCUGUCAAUGCUCGAUCAUGUUCGGAACAAGAGGGUGGUCUCUGCUGAGUCCUAUCCCGAUACGAGGAGAGAGAUCAGGAAAUACGAGCGGCUUUUCCCACGAAAUCGAGCGCUAGAAAGAAUCGGUGCUGCCCUCGAAUCAUGCCGCGCGUCGAUCAAGAACUGGAUAAGUCAGUCUGACUUUGUGGUUCCUGGAUGGGAGAAGAUGUGGGAAUUUGGAAUCGAGUUGUUAAUAAAAAAAAGAUAUUACGAAUCUA